AUGUGGCAGCGAGCUUCCCGUGCCGCGCUUGCGGCAGCUUUCCUUCUAGUCUCCGUUGCGAAUGCGCUUCCCCACGGAGACGACGAAGCGAUGGACAUGGACAUGGGUAUGGAUAUGAGCCACAGCGAGUCCACCCAGGAAUCGUCCACAGAGGCAAAUGACGACUCCCCCAUGAGCUACUUCGCGUAUGGGAAACACGGCACCGCGAUUGCGGUUCACAUCGGUCUCAUGAUUCUCGCCUGGUGCUUCAUUCUGCCGACAGCGGUCAUGUUCAGCGUCGCACGGUCACGUUUCGCAUUGCCGUCGCAAUUCCUUUUCUUGGUAUGCAACGCGGUGGGAUUGCUUAUUGGAAUCAUCUACAACAGCCAGACCCCCGAUCUGUAUGAGAACAACGCUCAUCACAAGAUUGGCUGGAUCGCAACCUGGGUCAUGAGCGCGCAGGUCAUCAUGUCGUUGAUCUUUGCCUAUGCUGGCAGAGGCGAGUCGGAGUCGACUUCGUAUGAACGGGCAGCGUUCCUUCCCGUUUCUACCGAUGAGAUGGAGAGCCCCCAGAUGUACUCUGGUGGUAUUCGCCAUUCGUACCGCUGGUCGCGCGACAGUGGACAGGGCACGGAGAGAAAUUCCUCUUCCCUCCACAGUCGUCCUGGGUCGCCAUCUUGUGCGUCGCCUUCGGAUGAGUAUGACGGUUUCGAAAAGCCCGAGGAUCCGCUCCCCGAACCCUCGUCCCAACCGCGCGGGUGGUUCCGCAUCCCCUUCGCCGACCGAUUCCUUGCCAGCCGUGUACCUCGUCUGGUCUCCACCAGAGCGCUUCGCAUUAUCUCGACCAUCUAA